GUCCAAUCCGUCCAAUCAGAAUUCACCAGCACACAAAUAAUAAUAUUUCGUCGGCCGGCAAGGUGAAAAAGCCCUCCUGCAAGUGUAAUCCCAUCAAUUUGGCCAGUAUCUUGUGGCAGGUUGACGUAGCACCCAAUUAUCAGUUUAAUAAGUGUUCAAUUGUAGACAAAUAGUGAUAAAUGAAGCUGAUUUUCGGAAGCAUAUUGCUGUGGCUGUUUGGUCAUACAUGCUCAGCCCUGUAUCCUUCAUCGAGUGACGUGGUGGACCUGACUCCUGCGAACUUCGAUCGGUUGGUUCUGCAGGGAGAUUCCGUGUGGAUUGUGGAGUUCUAUGCUCCUUGGUGCGGUCACUGCAAGAAUCUGGUUCCUGAGUAUCAGAAGGUCGCCACGGCACUCAAAGGGGUAGCUAAGGUAGGUGCUAUUAAUGCGGAUGAGCAUAAGAGUUUAGCUGGGCAGUAUGGGGUGCAGGGUUUCCCUACCCUGAAGCUUUUCAAUGGGAAGACGCCCACGGAUUACAGUGGUCAGAGGACGGCUGAUGCCAUGGCUGAGGCUGUUCUGACCGAGGUGAAGAAGAAGGUGAAGGCUGCACUGGGUGGGAAGGGGGGAAAGAGUGGGGGAAAUGGAUCAGGAGGAAGUGGAGGAAGUAAUGAUGUCAUCGAGCUGACAGAUUCCAAUUUUGACAAAUUGGUCCUGAACAGUGAUGACGUUUGGCUGGUGGAGUUCUUUGCUCCCUGGUGUGGUCACUGUAAGAAUUUAGCUCCGCACUGGGCUAAGGCAGCCUCCGAACUGAAGGGAAAGGUCAAAUUGGGAGCUCUGGAUGCCACUGUGCAUCAGUCAAAGGCACAGGAAUAUGGAGUUCAGGGCUAUCCCACCAUCAAAUUCUUCCCCGGUGGCAAGAAAGACAGAGAUUCUGUGCAGGAAUACGACGGAGGCAGGACAUCCUCUGACAUUGUCACAUGGGCUCUGGACAAAUAUGCUGAAAAUGUUCCGGCUCCGGAGGUUCAUGAGCUCCUGUCUCAGGAUGUCCUCACGGAAGCCUGUGAAGGCAAAGCCCUGUGUAUCAUUUCUGUCCUUCCGCACAUCCUGGAUUGCAAUGCCAAAUGCCGCAAUGGCUACAUUUCCGUCCUCCGGGACAUGGCUGAGAAAUACAAGGCUAAACUCUGGGGCUACGUGUGGACAGAAGCCCUGGCCCAGGAGAAGCUAGAACAAACUUUGGGAAUCGGAGGCUUUGGCUACCCUGCCAUGGGAGUUGUUAACCUCAAAAAGAAGAAAUUCGCCCUGCUCCGGGGCUCCUUUUCCCGCGAAGGCAUCAACGAAUUCCUCCGGGACAUCUCCUACGGACGUGGCCAGACAGCUCCCCUUCCCGGAAAUGGCGAAAUCUCCGUCCAAACGGCCGAACCGUGGGACGGAAAGGACGGACAACUGCCGGAAGAAGAAGACAUCGACCUGUCCGAUGUCGUCCUGGAUGACGUCAAGGAGGAACUGUAGACAUUCUCAACACAAACCAUCUUCUAGUUCACUAAUCAAUGAGACUGUCUCCCCGGAAAUCAUUUUCUCUUCAGAUAUUUGUAAUUUUAUUCUUGUUUUUUUUUUUGUAAACUUCCACUGCGAGAGAAAAUAAAUAUUGAUGUAAGGAAAAAAAUUAAAAAAUCGUAAAAAAUA